GAUAAGGAAAAUUUCUUCAUUAAUAUGCUGAUCUCUAUUUAUUUUACUAUUCUUUAUUUAAAAAUCUAUUAAAAACAUUAUUGUGAAAACGUUUGUGUUCAAAAUAUAUCAAUGCAACACAUGGGUGAUGCUUUCCGAGAGAAGUGUCUAUGGCAGGGGGCGGCAACCUUUCGGCGGUAUUAUGCCGAACCUAAGUUAUAAUGUUGAUCCGGGUGCCGCCAUGAUUCUACUAAUUUUGUUAUAUGUAGUAUCAAAAUUAGUCCGGUUAUAAUGGACUUCAAAAAUUAAUCAUUUAAAUUUAAUUUUUACUAAUUUCUAUUCAAUCAAAGUGUCACUGAAAAUCGUCCCGCGUGCCAUAGGUUGCCGACCUCUGGUCCAUGUUCUAUUUAGUUAUUAGAGAUGUGAAAAAAAAUCUGGAGGACACCACGCGGCUAGUCCAAUGGUAAAGCCCAAAACCCUCGACCAAUGUUCAGUGGCUUUAUCCACUCAGAUGACUAGUGAACUAUGCGUGCUGCGAGAACGAAUUAUUUAUUUUGCCUGUUUGUUGACAAUUUUUAAAAUUUUAUUCUAGAAAUUGUUUUUUAUAAAGAAUUUUUAAAUUAUUUGAUUUAUUUAAUUCAAUUUACGGUAUUAUUCCUCAGUUCCAGAAAGCUUAGUCUUAGAGACAGGCUACUUUCUUCAUUGGCUAUUCUUUGCCUUAUACAAGCAAUCAUGGAUGUCCCCCUAGAGGAGCAAACGGUGCACUCGCUCCUCCUCGGAUCAAAAAAAAUUUCACAAAUUAUAAUCGUAAUUGAGGUAUGCAAUCUGAUGCAUUCGACCAUGGGACGCUUUGAUACAAUACUGUAUUGUAUUAUCUACUUGUGAGAAAAUUCCCCCAAAAAUUAAAUAAAAAGUUUAUUGACGUAAUUAUUUGUCUGCAAGCCUUGCCAUCCUGGAAAAUCUGCGAUCGUCCAUGAAAGCAAUUAACCAUUAUUAAUUAACUGUUGUGAGUUAAGGUAUUGAUAUAAAGCAGGGCAGAUGCAGACCUAAACUAUGAAAUUGUUCGCUCGAACAACUUACGUCAUCCGAAUAGAAGAUACAAAUUUCAGUUACAUUCAUCGAAAAUUAUUAAUUGCACGAAUAUAAUUUUAAUAUAAAUUAAAUUAUUUAUUAAAUGUAUACAACGUUUAAAAUUAGCUUAUUUUAAUUAGAAGCGUAAAAAAAAAAUCUCGCCAACACUAGUUACCAGAUGGCACUUCCGUACGUGACGCCGGUGAAUGGAAAAUAUGGAAACGAGGUUGUUUCCUGCAUGGAAGUGCCGUCGAGUGGUGACGUCGAAUUGGUUUUUUUUCUUUGCGGAAGAAGUAGAGUUAACGAUGAAUAUUAUAGAUCCUUCCUCGUCAUUUAACUAUAUAAUCUACAGAACGUCUUGAUGAGAAAAUUUGAAGAUAUUAAAAUGUCAUCACUGAGGACUAGAUCGUGGAGUGUAACAUCUCCUCAGAGAUCUAGAAAUAUUAGAAUGUCAGUUCGUUCUCCUUCACUUGAAGUUCUUCCUACUAAUCAUUCUAUCACAGAUAAUCUUUCUCAAAAUGAAAUAACUGAUUCUAAAGAAAAAGUAAAUGGUGGUUUAGAAAUAUCUUUAAGAAAACAUUUAACAAAUAAAAGAUGGUUACUUGGUGAAUCUACUAUUGAAACAAAUUCUGAUUUUGUUUUUAGGAAGAAUGUUGACCUUAAAAUAAAAAAUGAGAGUAAUAUGCUUCCCCAUCUAUCCACAUCUGUGAUAUCUAAAUCAAAAUCAUUCUGCUUUCAAAGAAAUUCUUCAUAUAUUGAACAAGAGUUGGAUUCUUCUCCAGAUUCACUUUUAGAAUGUAUUAGUCCAAAUUAUUAUCUUAAUGGUGGCAGUGACAGUAAUGAAAAUUCUAAUUCUGCUUAUAAUAUAAUUAAUUAUAAUCAGAACUGUGGUAAUUCUUUUGUAUGGGACCACAAGAUGAGGACAGAGAGAUCAAACAGUACAGAUUCAGCAAUUAUGAUAUCUACAGAAGAAAAAAAGCCUUUGUUUAUGGAACGCCAAAAAUCCCACUGUGAAGGCAUCACUAAUUCUAAUGCCAAUUUAAUUAAUGAUUCUGUUCAAAGGAAAAAAUCUUUUAUAAAUCAGUCAUUAUCAUGUCCUUCUCUUGUCAUGCCAUCAGUUAUAAUAAGUGAUCAUAGUAAUAACGAGAGACCUGAAUCAAUGAAUGAUUGCAGUGAUUUGCCUUGUCCUGAUUUGUUGUCAGUUACAAUAGACGAUAUUGCAAGAAAUGCUCCAAGAUUUAGAAGAUUUUCAACUUGCAGUACUGGUUCUAAUACUUCAACUCUUUCUACACUUUCUUUGGAGGAUUCACAAAGUGAUAUAAGUGAUUCUUCUUUAUCAAAUGGCAAUUAUGGUAGAAGAUCUUCAGCAUGGCGAAAAGUGCGGAAUAUUGUGCAUUGGUCGCCAUUUAUACAGACAUACAGAAAACAAAAAUAUCCCUGGGUUCAAUUAGCUGGACAUCAAGGUAAGAAGAAGUUGUAUAUAUAUAUAAAAACUUUUCAGUUAUUUCUUAAAAAUAUAUAUUCUUUAAUAUUAAAUUCAGUAUAUCUAGAACUUCAAGAUCUUUUGGCAGGUUAUCAAAAUCCAUGUGUCAUGGAUGUAAAAGUUGGAAUACGUACUUAUUUAGAAGAUGAAUUAGCUAAGGCCAAGGAGAAAUCUAAACUCAGAAAAGAUAUGUAUGAAAAAAUGAUUCAUGUUGAUCCCAAUGAACCAACUGAGGAAGAACAUUUGCAAAAAGCUGUUACAAAACCUCGCUAUAUGAUAUGGCGAGAAACCAUAAGUUCCACUGCUACACUUGGAUUUCGUAUUGAAGGCAUUAAGGUAAGUGAAGGUGUAUCUCGCAGAGAUUUUAAAACAACCAAAAGUAGCGAACAAGUGUUAAAGGAAUUGAGGAAAUUUGUUGAAGGUUUUUCAAAUAUAAUUGAUCAAUACUUACAACGACUUCGAUGUUUAAGAGCCACAUUAGAAAUAUCUGAAUUUUUUGCACAUCAUGAGAUGAUAGGAAGUUCACUUCUUUUUGUUCACGAUUCCAAUCAUGCUAGCAUUUGGAUGAUCGACUUCGGCAAGACCAUGCCUCUACCCGGUAACAUAAAAAUUACUCACAAGGAUCCGUGGGUGGUUGGAAAUCACGAAGACGGAUAUUUGAUCGGUAUUGACAGUCUAGUUAAACUCUUUGAAGAACUUUCCGAAAACGGCGCACCUACCUCGACAGAGUUUUAGAAACAAAGUAAGGUCGACGACCAAACUCAGGGAUUUAAAAAAAAAA